UGCCUAGAAGGAGGAGAGGUACAUGCACUCUCCCCCAGCUGAAUCGUGUUAAGGAAGCAUGCUUUUGAUCUGAUUUUUCUGUUUUUGAUCUUUAGUUGAUGUUUUCCAUUUGUCCUGCUUCUUUUCAUGGAUAAAGUCUCUUGUUUGGGUCCCCUUUUUUUGCACCAUUGGUAGAAGCAUUUGAAGCUCACUGAGAGUUAAAAUGAUCGACUACGAGCGCCCCUCUCCAUUAAGCUCUGGACCAGGAGUAAGUGGUGUACUGGUUUCCGAGCUCCCAGUGCACACAUUUCGACACACACUGGCAGCCAUGCCUCAAAGAUACACCCACCAGAGGAAGAAAUCCACCACAGCUGCUGCAAGAAGGAUGGAGAGGAGAAGCAGGGACCAGCACAAGACUACAAACACAAACAGCGGCCAUAAUCACCGUUCCAAGAAGCUGCCCAUGCUUUCCAGGUCCUUGAUUCUGUGUCACUCUAAGACCAAUGAUGACUGCACAAGUUCUGAAGGGAAGGAGGCUGGUAGGAGGGAAGUGUCAGACGAAAGAAGGAUGUGGAGUUUGGGCUGGAGGGCAGAUGUGGCUACUGAGGAUGAAACAGGAUAUAGGAAUAUCGAAAUCAAACACUGGAGGACGCGACAGUCAACUCUGGUGGACACAAAAGGAGGCACAGUGGUCCCCGAAAAACUGCUUCACCCCACCUCUUUAUGUGAAAACAAAAGGAGCUUGCUGAGAUCUUUUAGCAUCAAGGAGAGCAGUAUUUGGAAGAUGUGUGUUGCCACAAGUCCAACAGAAGAGGUGGGGAUACCACAAUUGGCAGAUCAUUUCGGCCUGAUUGAACAUGAUGACAAUAAUGUGGAGUCAAGAAGACAUGGAGGGGAUUCAUACAGCGGUCCCAACUUCCCGAGCCAAGACAAGCUGGUACCUUUUAACGGACAGUAUUUAAGCAGUGGUGCGUGCAUAGAGGGUUGUGGAACUAAAGGUUUACAUACUAGAGCCUAUAGAGAGUUCAUUUCACCGUGUGAAGAUGCUCUACAUCAGCAUAUACUGACCACAAGUCUUCAACACCCAUCUCUUAUUUCCACGUCAGAUCAGUUAUCAAUGUCUGCAUACUUACUAGAUAAAGAACUUUUAGCCAACAACAACAAUCUCAAGUUGCCUAUUCCAGAGGUCAAUGAAGAAAGUUGCCACAACACAGAAAGUUGUCAGCAGAGUCCACCAGGCCAGAUGAGCAGCAAUAAGACGUACUUCAAUUCACAUAGUGUUCAUCCUUAUUGGAUUGGUGAUUUGGACAGCAUCAUUAUGAAGAACGCUGACAUGUAUACCAACGACUCUCCUGGCAAUUGUCAUUUAUAUGGGAACAGAACUUCCCUAUCCCAGCAACUGAACCUUUUGCACAAUUCACUUCAGCAUGGUCACCCUUUGCGCUCGCUGAGCUCUACACAGCUGACCAACCCCAGCAGCAAAACCCAAGCCUUUAUUAUCUGUAACAUUGUGUUGAUGAAGGGCCAUGGCAAGGGUCUGGGCUUCAGCAUAGUUGGUGGGAGAGACAGCAUGUAUGGACCAAUGGGGAUUUAUGUUAAGACCAUUUUUCCUGGUGGUGCAGCGGCUGCUGAUGGAAGGCUACAAGAGGGUGAUGAGAUACUCGAGCUCAAUGGGGAGUCACUGCAUGGAUUGAGUCACGAUGAUGCACUUCACAAGUUCAAACAGAUCAAAAAGGGCCUAUUGACUCUAGUGGUGAGGACAAGCCUUCGAGUGGGAGCCUUGUGUGGCCAGGCCCAGGUCGCUCAGCUGUGCAGAUCACGCUCACUCAACUCCACCACGGGUAUGGCUGGACUCAGUGAUGAGAUGAGAGAUUACGACUUCAAAACUUGCAACAAUUCCAUCAUUAACAUUCCAAGUGCACCCACUAAAGCAGGGGACCGUAUCAUGAUGGAGAUCAUCCUGCAUAAAGAAGCCAGUGUUGGUCUGGGCAUCGGACUGUGCUGUGUUCCAUCCACUGACAGAUGUCCUGGAAUCUACAUACAUACCUUAUCACCCGGAUCUGUUGCUCACAUUGAUGGAAGACUUCAGUGUGGGGAUGAGAUCAUGGAAAUUAAUGACAAUGUGGUUUAUAACAUGGCACUAAAUGACGUCUACACAGUCCUGAGCCAGUGCACACCAGGUCCAGUUCAGGUUAUCAUCAGUCGACACCCUGACCCCAAAGUAUCAGAGCAUCAGCUGAAUGAUGCCAUAGCUCAAGCUGUGGAAAACAGCAAACUGAGAAAGGACAAGAACCAGUGGAGUAUUGAUGGAUUGCGAAAGUUGGAGUCAUGUUCUCAUGGCCGGCCAAGAUGCAAUCAUUGCUUGGAAAGAAGCUUCAGCCAGGUCACAGUUUGUCGAGUUCAAAAAACCAUGACUCGCUCCUGCAGUGACAACACAAACAACCGCGACCGCCUCCUCAACAUCCACAGCUUUCCCAACACACAUCAUAACCCAUCAGCCCGUGUCCACAGCCUUGACGCACCAAAGACAUGGUCCGACAACAGACUCUCAGUGCCUGUGUAUGCUGAUGACGACUACAAUGUUCCAUUUACCUCUUCUGUUGCCAUGUCUAGUCAGAAAACCCUUGAUGAGACCUUCAGGGGCAAUAAGGAAGAACAAAUGAGAAAACAGUCAGAGGGGAGCAAAGAAGACUUCAGUUUAGAAGCCAAGCUACAUACAGGUGGGCUGUCAGCUGAGCUUUGCUUACAGUCAAAAAGAGGAGCUUUUAAGAGGCAAGUGCGAAUAGGACAACAGCUUCAGGAUCCUUGGGUUCGCCUUGUGGAUAGUUUCCCUAAAGAUUUGCCAGAAAUCAGAGACCGACACAACUUUCUCCAUUAUACUGAAGACAGUGCUCAACCAAACAGUAUCUACCAUAAGCCUGUUACAAUGAAAAAUGAAGAGAAAAUGACAAAGCUGAAUUGCAGUGUUGCAGAUGCAAGCUCAAAUUAUCUGUGUAACCUCACCCCUGAAGACAAAGAUGAAAUCCCCACAGAAUCAAAAAAAGGGCCUCCAGUGGCACCCAAACCUGCUGGGUUUCGUCAGAGCCUCAGAAAUUUUCGGCAUGAACAAGACCAGAAGAUGCAGAAGAUGCAAAGUAAACCUGCAAAACCAAGGCAUGCUGUUGGCUUCUACAGAAGCUUCAAUAUGAGAGUUGACUCAUCUGUUUCCAACUUGUCCAUAAAAGACAAAAUCCAUUCAUUUGAGACGUUUUCAACCCCAGCCAGUUCAGACAAAGUGGACAGUAAGAAACAUGUAGUCCCAUCUACUUCACUUCCACUGAUGGAGAGCGAGUUAGACAGAAAAUAUGCAAGAAACAAAAAUAAAACCUCACAAGGAAUUCAGAAGAAACAGUCUGCAUCUUCUGGGGCAACAGACAUAUCAGUUUACACCUUUCCACCAAUCAUAUCAUUCAAUUUUGAAACAAGCAGCAGCAAAAACCUUAAGUCUGAAUCCAACCAGUCAUCUCUAGAUCACUUGCCUUCUCAGCCUGCUGCAGAAUCUGGGACACUAUUUUCUAAUUCAGUUUCAUCUCAACAAGCCUUGACUAACCAACCCAAAGAAUUGCUUGUUUCUCAAAUGCCAGACUUACAGGGAGUAGAUGUCAUCAGGUCUGCAGAAUCCAAAACCUUCUCCACUCCAGGCCUCACCUCUGUGGGAUACAGUCAUGCCGAACAGGGCAGUUCCCCAGAAUUGACUGAACAGGAAGAAGUAAAGAAUCAAACAGAACAUUGUAACUUGAAUACAAGUGACAGUCCGAUGACAGACAGAAUCACUUAUCGAGAACUGGAAGGAGAGAAUUUUGGUAAAAUCAUUGCCUUUAGCAACCAGGUCUCGCAAGCAUUGAUGCGGACCCUUCCUAUGCCCACUGACAAUGGUCUGGUUGGUUAUGCUCCAAACCUCACAGAGUUCACUGCUGAAAAUGUAAUAAACCCGCAUGAACGUGAUACCAUUUCAGAUGUCACUGAGACUGGAUUUUCUAUUUGCUUAGCCACUCUCAGAGCCUGCACCAUUGAGUUUGGGGAGGGGGGAUCUCCCCAACAAGUAGUAGUUCCCUCUGCUUGUGCUGAGUCACUUAUCUCAGCCAUCCCGUCAGAGGAAAUAGAAAUGAUGAUAAAAGAAGUGAGAGCUCUGGACAAAGAUGUGCUGAAGCAACUGCAAGACAUCCAUGUUGUGAUUCUGCAUAAAGAAGAGGGAGCUGGACUGGGCUUCAGCAUUGCUGGAGGCUGUGACCGGGAGAGUAAAGCUCUAACGGUACACAAAGUGUUUCCCAAUGGUCUUGCAAAUCAAGAGGGCACUAUCCAGAAAGGAGAUGAGGUGUUGUCUAUAAAUGGCCAAACACUUCGUGGAGUCACACAUGCAGAUGCUACUGCGGCACUGCGGCAGGCCCGCACUCUAGAACUUGCUGUGGUAGUUGUCCGCAAAACAGCAGAGGAACAGAGUGAGGAGUCCAGUUGUGCAAUGGAGGAGCCAGGUACUUUGUUGAGUGUGGAGCUGAAGAAAGGUGGAGGUGGAGUUGGCUUCACUCUGGAGGGAGGAAGGGGUUCGAUACAUGGAGAUAGACCAUUAGUCGUCAACAGGAUCUUCAAAGGUGGAGCAGCAGAACAAUGCAAUCUUCAAUGUGGAGAUGAAGUUUUGCAAGUCCAGGGUACCAGUCUUCAUGAUAUGACCCGCUUUGAGGCCUGGAACAUGAUCAAGGCUUUACCUGAUGGGUCCAUCACAGUGGACAUCAGGAGGAGACACAGCCACUAGAACCUCUAAAACCCGGCGCACACAAGGCAAUAAGAAAUAAGCGCUGAUAGGUACGAGUGGGGCAGGCAACGAGCGGCAAUGGCAAUGAGCGCCAAUGGGCCAUGGCGCCUGGUGUGCGCUGGGCUUUAUGUGUCAAGAGGCCCAAAAUGCAACAAUUGAUUAAGAACCCCCUUGAAAAUAAGAUGAUGCAUCUCAAGAAUCUAUCCUUGAAAUAAGAAAGAUAAUAAGCUUGUCACCAUGGUUCAGCAUCUGUUAUCUUCGGACAACCUUGCUGUUAAUUAAUUGUUAUAUAUAGUCGUGUGUGUGU